AUGACACAAUAUAAUGAGACUGAAGUCAAGGGCUUCUAUCUCCUGGGAUUUGGAGUCCGGCAUGAUAUUCAGUAUGUCCUCUUCAUUGUGUUUCUUGUUAUCUACAUGACAUCCAUGGUGGGCAACACUGGGAUGAUCCUCCUCAUCAACACUGACUCCAGACUUCAGACCCCCAUGUACUUCUUCCUACAACAUCUGGCUUUUGUUGAUAUCUGUUAUACAUCUGCUAUUACUCCCAAGAUGCUACAAAACUUUGUAGUGGAAGACAGAUCCAUAUCAUUUGGAGGGUGUGUAGUGCAACUACUGAUCUAUGCAACCUUUGCUACUUGUGACUGCUACCUCCUGGCAGCUAUGGCAGUAGACCGCUAUGUAGCCAUCUGCAAACCACUUCAUUAUCCUAUACUCAUGUCCCGAAAAGUCUGCAUCCAGAUGGUAGCUGGUUCCUAUCUCAUUGGAUCAAUAAAUUCUUCAGUACACACAGGAUUCACAUUUUCAUUGUCAUACUGUAAAUCUAAUCACAUCAAUCACUUUUUCUGUGAUGUCCCCCCAAUUAUUAGCCUUUCCUGCUCCAACAUUGACACCAAUAUCAGACUUCUUAUUUUCUUUGUUGGAUUUAACCUAAUAUUCACUGUGUUGGUUGUUAUCUUCUCUUACAUAUACAUCAUGGCUGCUAUUCUAAAGAUGUCCUCUACUGCAGGGAGGAAGAAAACCUUCUCCACGUGUGCCUCCCACCUGACAGCAGUCACCAUUUUCUAUGGAACCCUUGCUUACAUGUACUUACAGCCUCAUUCGGAGAAUUCUGAGGAGAACAUGAAAGUGGCCUCUGUAUUUUAUGGCAUUGUGAUUCCCAUGCUGAACCCUCUGAUCUAUAGCUUGAGAAAUAAGGAGGUCAAAGAUGCGAUAAAAUUGACAAGAAAAAAGUUAUUUAGAUCUGGCCCACAGAAAUAA